AUGGGCAAAGCUGAGGAGUUCGAGACCGGCCACCAGGACCGCGUGACGGUGCUGCACACCAACUUCAACGGCACCAGGAUCCUCACCGCGUCAAUUGACCACCGCAUCAAGGUGUGGGAUCGCAACGUGAAGACGGGCGCGCGCACCUUGGUCGACACCUUCACCGCCCACGACUCGGAUAUCAGGGACGCCAAAUUCCUCCACCCAACCACAGGCUCGCACAUCGCGUCCAUCGGCAACGACCUCAAAUUCCAGUUGUGGGCCGAAGACGUGGCACAAGCGCCGAACAGUGGCCGACGAUUCCGACGCAUCAGCACCAUCCAGUCCACGCCACGCGUCCCUUUCGUAUCGCUUGACCUGAAGACGACCGACAAUGUGUACAUGACACUGGCGCUCAUCGACCGUCAGGGACUUCUGAGUAUCUACGAGCCGACCAACCCCGACGACCUACGGGAGUGGACGCUGGUCGACGUAUUCAACGUGUGUGGCGUUAACCCGCCCGGCCGGGGCGAUGAAACGAGCUUCAAAGUCCGCUGGGACCAGAACCCGACCCCGCUGGCAUAUGUGAACAGUGUCAGCAACGACCGGAACCAGCUCAGCCUGGUGGUGUCGGCGCUCAAUGAAGUCAAGCUGUACCGCUCCAUGGUCCCCAGCAGCGGCGAUGGCCCCGGCUCCGGCACCUCCAACGCCAGCCACCGAAUCAUGUUCUACGAAGCGGCGCGCCUACCGCGCCACCCGGCCCUGGUGCGUGACGUGCAGUGGGCGCCGUUCAGUGUGCGCGGGACCGACCGCAUCGCAACCGCAUGCCGGGAUGGCGCCGUGCGGAUCUUCGAGCUGGGCGUCGCCGAAGCCCCCAACGGGAGGACGGACGCAUCCGCCUCGUUAACCACCUCGACUUCGCGGACAACGUCCAACGUCCAACAGCGCCAACACCAACACCAGCAGCAGCAGCAGCAGCAGCAACAACAACAACAACAACAACAAUCGAGCCUCACAUCCGCCAUCACCGGCCGUACCACCCAACCCCACGGCGCGGCGGGCUCGGCGCUCGCGGACUCGGCAGCGGGCACGCCAUCGCGCACCGCACGCACCGGCCAUGUCUUCCCGUUCGCGACGACCAUCCAGUCGUCCACGUCGCUGCCCAACGCGCACUCGGACGCCUGGUCGCUGUCGUGGGACGGCCAGGGUCAGGUGCUGAUGAGCAACGGCUCCGACGGCGUCACCAAGCUGUGGCGCAAGAGCGUGCUGGCCGGCCAGUGGCUCGUCUUUGCCGGCCAGGAGGUUCUGGAUCCCGCCGACGACGCGGACGCAGAGCAUGACGUGGACCAAGGAGACCGCGACAGUGAUUUAUAG